AUGAUCAAAAAAAGAGGCAACCGCGAUCUCUGUUCACCUAUUGGGAUGAUACCAAGCUGUAAAGAAGUAGAGAUUUUGGGUGCCACCUUCCAAUGUGACAGCAAAUCAGUUUCAGUGCACGCGAAGAACAAACUUAUUAAAGCUACCAAAUCCCUACAUAUCCUUAGAACGCUGCGCAAAGAGGGAUAGAAUCAGUCAGAAAUAGACCUUCUCUUUAAUGCAAUAGUUCUACCAAAUAUUAAUUACGCAUUAUCUGUCUACGCCACGUCCGAGUCCGAUCUUACACCUGUACAAUGUUUCUUAGACCCCUGUUUUAAAAGGAAAUAUACAUCUCUCUAAGAAAUCAUAAACACUUACAGGCUUAGGCAAGACCGUAAAAUUUUCAGAAAAGUUUCUAAUGCUAAAGGUCAUCCGCUUUUAUCUAUAAUUAAAGCUUAGGAAAUAUGAUAUAGUCGUAAAAUGUAAUUCUUCUCAACUCCGUACGGAAUUUUUCUUCCCUCAUUCGGAGGCGACUUGAUUUCGUUUCGCGUGACUGCCUUUUCAAUAUAUAACCGAAAGCGUCGGAGUUGAACCUGGAAUUCUCAUACUUUCCCCAGUUGUGACUGCUAGAAGGGGGUUGCAACGGUCUGAAAAAUGUCACGAAGGGAUUGAGAGAUGUGAAAGAAGGAGGGAUUAGUGCUAGAAAAGUAGGCUUAUUGUAGGGUCUGUAGGGACUGAGCAUGAAGAAAUCAACACGGUAGGUCAGACUAAAUAGGAGAGUGACCUUUGACCGUCGCAUUGAGGUCCCUUCCCCUAGUUUGUUUUUGUAAAUAAAAAAUGAAGAAAAAAAGUCUUUUGCAGAUUGGCUUAUUGAGCUAGCAAACCGCGGCUUCGGGGUGUCCACGGGUGUCUUCCUUAAAUGAGUGAAAAAGUUCGUAGACAAGAAAGUAAGAAUUAUGCCAUUCAACAACCGCUCCCGUUCCCCACCACAUCCCAGUCAUUUGUUAUGUUUUAUUUCAUGAUGCUAGGUUAUAUUUUUGGAAUCGAUUGCCAGACUACUUUGCAAGUGCAAGAGAAGCUUAUAAGUCGCUUGCCUGUCGAAAUUUAUGUACAUUUACGUUGUUUUUGUUGUGUCCGGAUACUGGGCCAGCUGUCCGGAUACUGGGCAACAUAGGAGCUCUGCAAAAAUAUUAAUUUCGCCAUGGAAGCAAAGGCAAAAAAGUUAAACUUCUGUCGUCAUAUUAAGGACUAAAUAGAUUUUCUCUGGGCCAAAUUUCAGUGCUCUUGCGACUAACCAAGGAAAGUUAUUGCGAUGGUAAACUGAAGUAUCCGGAUACUGGGCAACACACUGUACACUAAAAAUAUGUACAAAUAAUAAAAUAUGGUAAAAUGUAGUCAACAGUUUGCCUGCCUACUAGCCAGUUUUCUUUUAAAGAUAGCUUUAGAUUCGGACGCUUUUAUGUCAUUUGGUAAUUCAUUGAAAAAGAAUAUUUUCAAAAACUAAGUCAAUUUCAUUUUAUUAAACACCUUAGGCUUACUGGACCAAAAAAAAAAACAAAAGCGAAGGCGAUUGUUGACGGUGACCGCGAUUUUUCUGAUUUUAAUUUCUAUGAUUUUUACUGACAUUCAGUAUCAAUUGUUUAUUUUUUAUUUUAUUUUUUUUUUUACCUUCACAGGUUCGGGACCUGGUGGUCCACCGAAGGAAUUAGGAGAAAAAAUUGAUUGCACUCUAACGAAUGAAAGCGCUCGAAGCGUUAUUUUCAAGUAACAGCUGUUAACAUUAAACGUUUGCUUAAUCAAGUAGUAUCACAGUUUAGUAUCAAUAAAGAUGUGAAUUAUAUUAGCCACCAGCCUUCUAUUGUCUUGUUGAAACUAAAUAGUUCAUAGAACUCCCUACUACACACAAGAUGCCCCGUCCUAAAACAGAAUGAGAGUUUCCCAAGUUUUCAAACUCUCCGCGUCAUCAAUUACAUAGUGCUAGGCGGAAUAUAAUGUCUUGAUACGAUAAAGAAAAGCAUAUCAACACAGCAAAGUGACAUUAAAUAAUUUUUAAAUACUUUCAGAAGCUAUUAAGGCCAAGAUUAAGUUAAGGACCGAUUUUAUCAGUCAUUCUCUUUGUGACAACUGAAGGUGUAAAUAUUCAGAUGUGGCGUCGAUCACAUUUCACACCAGACAUUCGUGAUCCACAUACUUUGUUGUUAUUCCAGUUCUGUGUAGCCAUGACGAGUUUCUCUAUUGUUUUUUACCUGAAUAACUUGGGGUGCAUACGGGGUAUCACGAACGACCUCAAUACGGGCCACCCAACCAAGCGAGGGAUCCUUCACAUGGACAACUAUAGCCCCCUCAUCAUAUUGGACUGUGGCUUGAGGCAUGCUAUCGGGUAUAAACAGUCUUACCUGAGUCUUACCUGUGGUAGGCCGUCUUUGCUGAGGUCAGUGAUCUGGAAAUUCACUUUAAAAAACAGAAAAUGAGUUUGGCGUCGCUCGCUCGGAGGAACUGGAGGUGAAUCAGUGAAUAACACUGGAUAUUCACUGAUUGAAUAGCCAAUCAGAGUGCGUGAAAAAACACUAUCCACUGUUUUGGUAUACACUAAAUAUAUAUAUAUAUAUAUAUAUAGGUGGUAAGCUCCAAUUAUGUUUUUGUCGUACUUUUAGUUAAGAGAGAAUUAAGGGUCACAGUGAUAUAUGAGUCAUACUACUCUGGAACUUUCAUAAAAGUGAAGUACAUAAAUACAGGCAGUCUUCUAGGAUAUACACACCGGUACUUGCAUUAAAGCCCUGAAGAAUAAAUUCACUAUGUCUGGACCCAAAAGAUUUUAGCAGACAGUUUAAGUUGAACGAACGUUACAGGAAUAACUAGGGCUAGAGGGCAACUCUGACUGCUGACAAGUUUCACAUGUUUUAAACCAGUGUUUAUAGUUUUAGGAAGUGCUCCGGGAUCUUCUAAAAACAUUCCUCUCACUAGUGAUACACUUUGCCUGAAUGUGCAUAACUUGACAAAAUAGCUCUUAAUCUUUAACUAAAACAUGUUUUUUUAAUUACCGGAUUGUAAAGCAGUUCACCUUUUUGCUAAGGACUUUAGCAAAGCUUUUGACUCUGUGAAACAUGAACUUCUUGCUAAAACAUUAAAAAAGUUCACACUGAAUCCAUAUAAACUACCGAUUGGUACUUGAACUUUUUAAAGGAUGGAAAACAAAGAGUAUGUUGCAACAACUUUGAGUGUUACUGGAAACCGGUUAACAAAGGGACAACUCAUAAUAGCGUUAACGGUCCUUACCUUUUUAACAACUUUCCCAAUGAUCUUAACAUCACUUUAGGUAAUCAUGACGCGCUAUUUAAGUACGCUGAUGAUUCGACAAUUAUUGCUCCCGUAUGGAAGGAGGUAGACUACUCCGAUCAGUUAGUGUCACAGUCUUUAAAUUGGACAAAUACAAAUUGA